CAGUCAGUCCAGUCUCAGAAAAUGGAGUAGGGUCUAAGGAGACGUGGACAAGUAACCGAGGGAAUGUGGCCUUUUCUGAGCCAAUGGUUCUAUUCGCUAGCCCAUGUUGCCCUCUAUUGUCCGCUGUUUCAGAAGGGUCGCUGAUAGAUGCACUUUCCUUUUUGUGCAGCCAGACGCAGCUUUUUAACCAGCCCCGUUCAGUUUGGUUUUAGCCAGUUUACUGCUAGAUCCAAGCGGAGGCCCUUAACUUCCAUUGACUUCAGUAGGAGUGAGGCUCCUAACCCACCUAGCCAUGUUUGAAAAUCCCACGAGGCACCUCUCUGCUUUAUAGACACCAAAAUACUUUUGACCAUCUGGCCCUAAGUCACUGUUGAGAAUGGGACUUGUACUCUUGAAAAUUGCAUUCCACGUUGUCUUAUUUCUCAAAUGUCAGAGCUUUCAGUGUGAUGAUUUAAGGUACAAUUAAAGUCCUCCAAGACAAGAUGCCAAACGAUCAUUACAUAUCUGUGUUGUACCACCCAGAAAUAUGAUACCUUAAACCAAACAUGGAAGACUAGGCAAAGAUUUACAUUGGGAGUCUCAGAAGACCUUAGUUGAUUUAGGAGCAUUCUCCUUUGAAAGUCAAAGGGACUUGUGCUCUGAAGUCAUGUGGAUUUGUUUCUAUAGAUCAUCCAUAUUCUGGAUGUUUAAAUUUAUUCUCAAUUAUUAUAGUACACCCCUGAGCCACUGCAAUGCAGAGAAAUUCUACAAGAUACGCUGUAGCCUCUUUAACCCACCCCUCUAGUAUCUAUCACCACAGCACAUCCUCCUUGGAGGCGUUCCUCACUGGACAUAACCAAGACACUGUACCCAGUCACUGCAGCAGUGCACUGGGCAUCAGCCUUUGGGCCAGUGUGUCAGGAUUUUGUUCUACUUGUUUAAUGAAAAUGAUCUUUGCCGAGUAUCUGGUUUUAUCUUCCUUAGUGCUAGGAGUGCAGUUAUUUCUGCACCAGACUCAGCGGAUCCAGUUUGUUGAAGUUAGUGACACUGCAAAGAUCCACUGUUCUUCCACAGAAAACUUGGAAGGAGGAAGUAGCAUGUUUUGGUAUUUGAGAAGAGACGGUGAGAAACCCACCUGCAUUAAGCGCUGUUUGGAUGAUCAAAAUGUAAGUAAAUUUGCUUGCAAACAUGAGACACACAGCUCGACACUGGAAAUCAGCAACGCCCAAAAGACUGAAUCUGGCAUUUACUACUGUGCAUAUAAAUACAGCAGCUACCUGAUUUUCGGGAAUGGAUCCAUGCUGAUUGUUGGAGACAGUUAUACCAAGAGCAGCUGGGUGAUGCUUCUGGUUCCAUUUCCACGUGACAGUCAAGUCACUGGGACAGCGAAUCUGGCUUAUGUGAUCUAUGGAGUGUCCAGCCCAGUCCAUGUUUCCUGGAGUGUUUCUGGGGAGCUGCAGGAACAGGGGCUGACACGCUCACUGAAAGCAAAGGAUGGAUCUUUAACCCUCAUAAAUCACAUCAGCGUCCCCAUGGACACCUGGACCAGUGGGAAGAAUUUCACCUGUGAAGUCAAAUUCAACUCUUCUGGCAGCAGUGUGAAGAAAAGUACCAGGUAUCCUGCAGCUUCCUCCACAGCCCAUCCCAGCGGGUGUGCGUCACAGACGGUGCGCUAUGCAGUGGCCAUGUUCCUGGGGGUGUUGCUGGUGUCCCUGAGCCUGGCCUGGAGUCACUGCUGUUCUAAUCCAGGGUCAAACCAUUUAUGCCCAACUGGAGUUUGAUUCAAGGAAUCACAACCAGAGCGCGGAGCAGCGACCAGUGAAAGGGAAAAGGGGGAAAUCGUAGCCCAGAUGGGGAUCCAAGCUGGACACUCACAGCUGUUUCACUGCUCAUCUCAAUGACAGGACCAUCCUGUAAGGUGCUGACUUUCUGUAGAAGCUGUCGGUUUGUCUUCACUGCUUCUUACUGCUCUUCACUGCUGCUGCACGUGGCUCAGUUCCACACUGAAUCUGAAGAUUAACCCACUUGCCCACCUGGCCUAUGCAGAGCAGGAAGUCACAAAAAGAACCAGACCCUUGCAGGUGGGAGAUUUCCUAGUGUGAUAUGAAGGACAUUGUCCCGCAGGUAUCUUGGCAACAUUUUGGUGUGUUUCUGGACAAAUCCCACUCCUCUGGGGGUGCAGAGGGUCCCAGACCGCAGGAGCAGUGCGGUGUCACUUCAUAAAGGGGGGCGGGAUUGCAGGAGCCUGCGUGUAACCUACGCGCUCCCUGCACGCCCAGAGAUUGGCUCUCUGCUCAGUGUGGCCCAAGGGAGAGGGAUGGGGUUGGCAGGGAGUGAAUCCACCACUACACCAAUCCUCUAGACAACAGCCCCUGUGGAGCUGGGGCACUAGGGCCACAGAGCCUGCUCCAGCCCUGCUGUUGGGGUAGCAGCUGUGGAGUGGCUCCACCACCGUUCUGUGACCUGUGAAGCAGACGAUUCUUCCCCUCUUCCCCCCUAGAGAUCCCAAACUCAGUUACACAGGCUGGGCACUGGUAAGAGGAGGUGGGGCUCAGGGCCUGCCUUACUCACACAGGCAGUCGCCGUGAACUCAGCUACUCUCAUGUCUAAGCCGAGCCCUUGGUGGUUUUGAAAGGGGAGGUGGGAGGUUGUACAAAAGCUGGACCAGAAAAACCCAGAUGCAGAACCAGCCUUGGCCCCCUGAUGCGCACAGCAGGUAGAAGGGGCAGAACCAGACAGAAGUGACACUUUCCAGCUGG